AUGGGAAACUGCUGCAGAUCCCCGGCCGCCGUAGCCCGAGAGGACGUCAAAUCGAGCUUCUCCAACGCCGACCACCACGGCAAGCGCGGUGCCGGAGCAGAAGCCGUCAAACAGAAGGCGCCGAUCACGGUCCUUGCCGGCGUGCCCAAGGAGAACAUCGAGGACCGCUACCUCGUCGACCGAGAGCUCGGCCGCGGCGAGUUCGGGGUGACUUACCUCUGUAUCGACCGCGACACUCGCGAACUGCUAGCUUGCAAGAGCAUCUCCAAGCGGAAGCUCAGGACUGCCGUCGACGUCGAGGACGUGCGCCGCGAGGUCGCCAUCAUGCGCCACCUGCCGGAGAGCCCUAGCAUCGUGUCGCUCCGCGAGGCCUGCGAGGACGACAAUGCCGUCCACCUCGUCAUGGAGCUCUGCGAGGGCGGCGAGCUCUUCGACCGGAUCGUUGCCCGCGGCCACUACACCGAGCGCGCUGCUGCCGCUGUCACGAGGACGAUUGUGGAGGUGGUGCAGCUCUGCCACAAGCACGGGGUCAUCCAUCGCGACCUGAAACCGGAGAAUUUCUUGUUUGCAAACAAGAAGGAGAAUUCGCCGCUCAAGGCUAUUGACUUCGGGCUUUCCAUAUUUUUCAAGCCAGAAAUCAAAUUAGAGUCACUUCUUCCCACUCACUUCUUCUGUAGCAUUGGUGAUUCACCUCUGCUUGUGGUGUUUCUAGAUUCAUCGAUAAUUUAUGGUUCUCUUGAUUACCUCUGGGUAUUGCUGACUGGUGAUUGGCUUGGUGUAAUUUCUGGAAAUGAAAAUGGUGAUUGGCCGGAGCUCUGGCGGAGGAAACUUGUCAUUGCUAACUGCAUUUGGGUGGCCAGUGGCGUCAAUUUUGGGAAUGCUAGAGUGGCAAGACCUUGGGACUUCCCAUGCAAUUAUAUCUGGCAAUCUUGUAAGGAAGCUGCUGAUGAGAUGAGAAAGGCCAGAGACUCCAGAAACCAUCCCAUUAUGUUGCUUGAUGCUUAUGCUGCACUGCUGCUUCCUUUACUCAUCGUUGAAGGUCCACCAUCUAAGAUAAGGAGAGGGCCUUGUUCUUUUCAUAUUUUCAAAAGAAGUGAGAGGUUCUCAGAAAUUGUUGGAAGUCCAUAUUAUAUGGCUCCAGAAGUUCUCAAGCGGAAUUAUGGACCAGAAAUAGAUAUAUGGAGUGCAGGAGUAAUUCUCUACAUCUUACUGUGUGGUGUUCCCCCAUUUUGGGCUGAAUCUGAGCAAGGAGUUGCACAGGCCAUUCUUCGAGGGCUUAUAGAUUUCAAAAGAGAGCCUUGGCCCAGUAUUUCUGAAAGUGCUAAAAGUCUUGUUAAGCAAAUGUUAGAACCAGACCCUAAGCUUCGAUUAACUGCCAAACAAGUGCUUGAGCAUCCCUGGCUCCAAAAUGCUAAGAAGGCUCCUAAUGUUCCACUUGGAGAUGUUGUCAAGUCAAGGCUUAAGCAAUUUUCAAUGAUGAACAGAUUCAAAAGAAAAGCCCUUAGGGUCAUUGCUGAUUUCUUAUCCAAUGAAGAAGUUGAAGACAUUAAAGAUAUGUUCAAAAAGAUGGAUAAUGAUAAUGAUGGCAUUGUUUCCAUUGAAGAACUUAAAGCUGGAUUUCGAAACUUUGGGUCUCAACUUGCUGAGUCUGAAGUUCAGUUGCUUAUUGAAGCUGUAGAUAGUAAUGGUAAGGGAACACUAGACUACGGGGAAUUUGUCGCUGUUUCCCUUCAUUUAAAAAGGAUGGCUAAUGACGAGCAUCUUCGCAAGGCCUUCUCCUAUUUUGAUAAAGAUGGGAAUGGAUAUAUUGAACCUGAUGAGCUACGUAAUGCCUUGAUGGAAGAUGGAGCAGAUGAUUGUACAGAUGUAGCAAAUGAUAUUUUCCAAGAAGUAGACACGGACAAGGAUGGACGUAUCAGCUACGAUGAAUUUGUUGCGAUGAUGAAAACUGGAACGGAUUGGAGAAAAGCAUCAAGGCAUUAUUCACGUGGGAGAUUCAAUAGCUUGAGCUUAAAGUUGAUGAAAGACGAGGGUUCCUUUCCACUUGGUGCUGUGCGAGUUACGAAGGAUUGGGUACGCCAAUUAUACACGCACUUUGUUACUUGUGUAAAACAUGGUGCCUUGGAGCCACUGGUAUAUGGAACUUGUGUAAAACAUGGAACCGUUGCCGUCGUUGAAUUUGUGCGUACACUGUUUUGGCUGCUGUGUAGGGAUAGGUUUGAAUAUGUAGGAAGUACAAGUGGCAGGAGAGGCAUAUCUAAAGAUUUGAGUCUUGGACCUAUGGACCUUCAGGUAUUUGAUUCAUAG